AUGUCUGAAGUAGAUGUAUGUCCCCUCACAAUGACAAGACUUCAAGGUAAGGUCUGGGGCCUUCCAGCCCUGAACUUUCAGAAGGACGCGGCCAGGAGUCAGUCGAAGCCGGAAGUUUCGGGCUUGGGGGGUCGGGGCUAUGGGCCCCGACCCAUAGCGCCUAAGAAGAAGGGGCCGCGCUCCGGGCGCCAGGGGGCCGCGGCGGGAGAGGGCGCCGAGCCGCCGCUGUCGGAGCGCCCGAGGCGGCGCGCCUGCGCGAAGAGAACCGGUUUUACGAGAGCUACCGGAGCACGCGCGCGCAGCGCAGCGCUGCGCUGCGCCAACUCCGCUGGUCGUCGUGAACGGGAGAGCGGCGUGGACCUGUCGCAGAUCUACAGGCAGCGCGCAGAGCUGACGUCAAUCUACCGCGCCCGUGAGGACGGGCUGGGGCCGGGCGAGGAGCUGCAGCUGCAGCAGCUGGCCCGGAUCCGGGCUCUGGAGCGGGAUCUACUGCAAAUGCGUGUGGAGGACAUGCAGCUACUCCACCGCGCGAGGCAUCAGUUCUUGGAGAGCAAGGCAGCGCUGGAGCGCGAGGCGCGCCAGCGGGAGGCGGCAGGCGCGCUCUUGGCGCGCAUCCAAGCCACAUCCAUCGGAUCGGACCGCGGGCCCCUGCGGCCGGAGUUGCCGCCGUCCCACCGGGCCCAGGCGCUGCGGAACCAGCCGCGCCAGUUGCCGGACCACGGCGAGCUUGAGGACACGCGGGGCCUGGCGUGCAUGCACGGAGGUGCGUCUUUGGGCCAAAGUGACAGAUCAAAUGCGGGCUCCAAGCUCCCGCCCUUGUGGGUGUCCCACCGACCUGCCAGGCUCGUCCGCAGGUCUUAUAGCCCAUCACCACCGGCCCCAGUGGACAGCGACCAAGAUGAAGCCGCCUCCGGGAGAGCCCGAACCUACCUCGAGGAAGGCUAGUGAGGCCAGAAGGUGGCGGG